UCUUGUGGUUUGAUAUGGAAAGUUGAUUAGUUUCUAAUAUUUUUAAGGCCUUAAGAAGUUGUUGAAGAACCAUUGCUCUCAUCCCAUGUCUUCAAUUCUUGAAUGCCCGAAGACUCCAUUCUCCAGAGCAAACCUCUGCUCUCUGCUCACAUUUGCCCAAAACCCACUUCAAGAACUCACCUUUCUGCUACAACGAUGCAAGCAAAUACGCCAACUGAAUCAAAUCCAUGCACACCUGAUCACGACCGGCCUCGUCCAAUGGCCUCCUUUAGCAAGCAAGCUUGUUGCGUCUUUUGCUUCGAGUCCAUUCCCAAAUGCCGUUUCCACGGCCCGUGCAAUCGCAAGUAGUGUCCGAGGCCUCGACGCUUAUACCUGGAACACUCUGAUUAGAGGUCACUUGUACAGACACGACCAUAAAGGUGCAAUCUUGGUGUACUCCCAGUUGCAGAGGUCAGGUUUCGAGGUUGAUAGUUACACGCUUUUGUUCGUCAUAAAGGCAUGCGGGUCAAUGCCCGGUAUCAGUCUGGGGAAGCAGAUUCAUUCCCAUGUCUUGAAGUCGAGCUUCAUAUCGGAGGUCAUAAUUCAGACUGCCCUGAUGAACAUGUACUGCUCAUUCGAUGAACUCCGCAGUAUGAGGCAACUGUUCGAUGAAAUGCCUCACAGGGACGCAGUUGCUUGGAAUGCCCUCCUCUCCAGUUACUCCUUGAGGAAAUUCCCUCUCGAGGCUCUUGACGUAUCGCAUGCCAUGUUACGUCAAGGCGUGGCACAUACUGGUGUGACUUUGGUUAGUGUUAUCUCAUCUUGCUCGGCGCUGAGACUUUUGAGGGAAGGAAAAUCCGUUCACGGGUACUUGGUGAAGAAACUUCUCAAUAUCGAUGUGUUCAUUCAUAAUGCGCUAAUAGAGAUGUAUUCAAAAUGCGGGUCCUUAAUAAGCGCUUCCCGGAUUUUUCAUUCGAUGCUUGAGAAAACCAUUGUUUCGUGGACGUCAAUGAUUAAUGGGUAUACCCACAACAAUUGCCUCAAUGAGGCAGUUUGUCUGUUCAGAGAAAUGGAGUCCACGAAUGUGAAGCCCGAUGAGGUUACCCUGCUGAGUGCCAUUUCCUUGUGCUCUAAGUUGGGGAGAGUCGAACUCGGGGAUUGGCUCAGUCACUGGGUGGAUGAAGUCGCGCUCGGGAGGAGGAGCGUCUCAGUGGCGAAUGCUCUCAUAGGUAUGUAUUCAAAAUGCGGUAACAUAAUUAAAGCUUGCCAAAUGUUCGAUUCGAUGGAGGAGAGAACGUUACUGUCUUGGGCUGCUGCGAUUCACGGGCUAGCGAUGCACGGGCAUGGAGUCUAUGCUCUUACACGGUUCGUUCAGAUGCUGAGAGAAGGACUGAAACCCGAUGAAAUCCUUUUCCUCAGCGUGUUGUUUGGUUGCAGCCACUCGGGUUUGGUAGAUGAGGGAAGGAAAUGCUUCAAUUCGAUGAGAAAUGACUACGGAAUUGAGCCGUGGGUGGAUCACUACGGGUGCAUGGUGGAUCUUUUCUGCAGGGCCGGGCUGGUCAAUGAAGCAGUUGAGUUUGUUUCUGACAUGCCAAUCGAGCCUGAUGAGAUCAUAUACCGGAUGCUGCUCGGGGCUUGCCAGGACCACGGGCUCAGCAGCCUAGCAGGCUGGGUUCAGGAGAAACUGGCUCAACUGGGUCCAAGAAAUUGCGAGGACUACGUCCUGCUGUCAAACUUCCAUGCUUCGAUGGCUGAGUGGGACGUUGUCAGGGAUGUGAGAAAGGAGAUGGAAGCUCGGGGAGCUUAUAAAACGGAUCCCGGGUGUAGCUUCGUCGAAGUAGAAGAGCAUGUACAGAGCAUCGAUUGAAGUACAAACAGAUUUUAGCUGUAACUUGGCAUCUAAGCAAUCUUUCUUCCUGCCUUUCCUUUUUCUCCUUUUUUUUUUAUAAUAUUCUUCUUUAUUUUUUAAUUAUAGUGACAAUGAAGAAAGAAAUAUUACUUCCU